UAAAGCAGACGCGCCCCUAUAUAUGGAAUAUUUACGUAGUGUCGUCGAUAAUGUGACUGUAAUAUUUUAUCAAUGCGUGGUGUACUAUUACAUUUAGUUAUUUAUUAGUGACUCAGAGCUUUGUCUCGUUGAUAUUAUAACAUAGUGCAAAAACUGGGCCGCUUAUCUGCACUAUGGAGAAUCCAGGAGCCAGUGGUAGUAACAGGACAUCUCUGUCCACUUCAUCAUGGUGUCAUCCUGCCAACAAAGUGCAUCGUUUCUUUGCACUGAUGUUAAUGUGCUUCCUUUGUUUUGGUUCCUACUUCUGCUAUGACACCCCUGGGGCCCUGGCAGACAAUUUCAAACAAGACUUGCACUUGAACACAUCGCAGUUUGCCCUUGUGUACUCCAUUUAUUCCUGGCCAAAUGUGAUAUUAUGUUUCAUAGGGGGAUAUCUUGUAGAUAGAUAUUUUGGUGUGAGGUUGGGGACAAUUAUUUACAUGACCAUUGUCUUGAUUGGAGCUGUAAUUUUUGCAGCCGGUGCUUACCUAAAUGCAUUCUGGUUGAUGAUACUUGGAAGAUUUGUUUUUGGAAUUGGUGGAGAGUCCCUGCAAGUGGUGGUGAACAACUAUGUGGUCCUCUGGUUUAAAGGCAAGGAGCUGAACAUGGUGUUCGGGCUGCAACUCUCCUUCUCCCGGUUCGGCAGCACUGUCAACUUCUGGAUCAUGGGGCCUAUCUACAAGUGGGUGUCCAUGUACUUUGUGGGGUAUGAACGACUUGGAGUGGCAUUGUUUAUUGCGGCCCUCACCUGUUUCAUCUCUCUCAUUUGUGGCCUGAUUCUCGGAUGGAUGGACCACAGAGCCGAGAAAAUCUUAGGCAGGCUGGAAGAGUCGGAGAACAGCGAGCCAUUCCACCUAAGCGACAUAAUCCACUUCAAAUCAGUAUUCUGGCUCGUUUCUGUGAUAUGCGUGGCGUAUUAUUUGGCCAUCUUCCCGUUUAUAGCUCUAGGAAAGCUAUUUUUCGAGAGAAAGUUUGACUUUAUUCCUCAAGACGCAAACACAGUCAAUUCCAUGGUGUACUUACUCUCAGCAGCUCUGAGUCCGUUCUUCGGCGUGCUCAUCGACAAAACCGGCCGCAACGUGAUGUGGGUCAUCAUCAGUAACGUCUCUACGAUCGGAGCGCACUGCUUGCUGGCGUUCACGUUCUUCAACCCAUACAUCGGAGUGGUAUUGUUAGGAGUUUCCUAUUCACUAUUGGCAGCUGGACUGUGGCCUUUGGUUGCACUUAUUGUACCUGAGAACCAGUUGGGAACAGCAUAUGGAAUUUGUCAAGCUGUCCAGAACUUGGGAUUGGCUACUGUAAUUCUAUUGGCUGGAGUUAUUGUUGACAAAUAUGGAUACUUGAUGCUGGAGAUGUUCUUCUUGGCUUGUCUCUUUGGUAAGAUAGUUAAUGUUUUAUGUGAGAGUGCUACUAGGGGCCAUGUUACACCAGAGGCUCGGGAAUCAUUGAAAAUUAACAACCUAAUAAUUUCCCUUAUUUGUUUUAGGACAAGACCAAUUGACGAAACAGCAAAUUUACUGGACAGUGAAGAAUACACAGACCAAGAAGAGACAGACUCGAGGCCCCCAGAAUUGAAUGACGAGGCACCUGCUCCUCAAGACAUAGCCCAAGUUCAAUCAGACAGGAUUCGGAGCAGAUACCUUGCACAAAUAUUACCCACCUCUAACAUUCCCGAUAGACAAUAACAUGACAAACAUUUUAGUUUUGUAAAUAGAUUUAUUUUUACUGUAGAAAAAAUGAUGUAAUCUCACAAACACAGGUGUCAAUCAUAACUAAUUAUUAUUGUAUAUUUUAGUAAGACUACAGUAUAGGUAUUAUUACAAUAAAAAACUCAAAUAUGAAGCUAAAAUUGAUUUCUUUUUUAACUAUUACAAUUUGUGUCAACAUUUAUCACAAUUAUUUAUAGGCACU